CCAAGCGUAAAUUGAACUGAAAGAAGACAAUAAGCUCUUAAAAAAAUUUGGAGAAGAUAUUUAUUUGGUUAUAAAGAAAGAUUUAACGCGCAAUUAGUCUACGAUCUGACAAAGCACUUAACCAUCUAACCCCUUGGGCAAAAACAGUGUGUUUGAUGGGAUAACUUUUCGGCAAACAACAAAACAUCAGCAUAGCUAUACAUUUUUGUUUCGGUUCUUGUGGUUUAGUGGGGCUUUCAAAAUCUGGCAAAUUUAGGGGGUUUGAGAGCUCGCUUGUCCUUGAAGCAAGCAACAUCUGACUUUUGUAACGAAGACGAAGAUUGCAGGCCUUGGCGACGAAGAUUGUCUAUGGCUUUCACCUGGGGUUCUGCUUUUCGGAUCACUCUUUUGAUACUUCUUAUUGCUGCUGUUGUUUUCGCUUGUUUUACUCUCCCUGUUGAAAAGAUAUUGAAGGAUUUUCUCAUAUGGGUUGAACAGGAUCUUGGGCCCUGGGGUCCACUUGUGCUGGCUAUUGCAUAUGUUCCUCUGACAGUCCUGGCGGUUCCAGCAUCUGUGCUUACUCUUGGUGGUGGUUAUCUUUUUGGCCUGCCAGUGGGCUUUAUUGCUGAUUCUAUUGGUGCAGCUGUUGGUGCUGGGGCUGCAUUUCUUCUGGGCCGAACUAUUGGAAAAUCAUUUGUUGUUUCUAAGUUGAAAGAUUAUCCACAGUUUCAGUCAGUUGCCAUAGCCAUUCGGAGAUCUGGUUUUAAGAUCGUUUUGCUGCUUCGGCUUGUUCCUUUGCUCCCAUUUAAUAUGUUAAAUUACCUCCUAUCUGUGACUCCUGUUCCAGUAGGAGAAUACAUGCUAGCUUCCUGGUUAGGAAUGAUGCCGAUAACUCUUGCAUUAGUAUAUGUUGGAACAACUCUCAAGGAUCUGUCUGAUGUGACACAUGGAUGGAGUGAGUUCUCUAAAACUCGUUGGGCAUUUCUCAUUUCAGGUCUUCUGGUAUCUGUAAUUUUAAUGGUUUGUGUUACCAAAGUUGCAAAGUCUGCUUUGGAGAAAGCUUUGGCUGAAAAUGAGGAUAUAGAUGGUGUAUUUGGCUCUCCGCAGCUACCAGUUGUGGGUGAAACACCUGUGGAUCUCAGUCAACCUCUCAUAAUCAAGAUAGACCAUGUUGAUGACAAUCAUGAAAAAUGAAAAAUCCAAAAUUUGUGUAAAUUCUCUUUCGCUCCUUUUGAAAGUUAUAUGCCAAGGCGUAUGGUGAUUGCCAUUUAUGAUCUGUAUAGAGUUCCUUUUUUCACAACUGUACCAGUUCUGGAUGAAUUAUAGCUUAUUACAGAAAUAUGUAUCAUCUAAGAGUAGCUUUUAUCUUCAAUUUAAAACCAGUGAGUAAUAAAAUUAAUUUAUUAAUUGUUUUCAA